AUGGCCGAAAACAAUUCUCCAUACAAGGCCGUGGCCACAAAGUGUAGACGCAGCCGCACCAAAUUCACAGAAGAGCAAUUGAAAAUCCUCAUCGAUGCAUUCAACAAAAAACCUUACCCGGGUUAUGCCGCCAAACAAAGACUUGCUUUGGAAGUCAACACUGAAGAGUCUAGGAUCCAGAUCUGGUUUCAGAAUCGAAGAGCUAGGCACAGGUUCCUGAAAAGACCUGAGAAGAACUUAGACUUAAGACAAGACCGAGUUUACCCUGAAGAGAAUAUUCAAGGUAUGAGAGACAGACGAUGUCGUACCAGCUACACUUCUUCCCAAUUACAAACUCUCAUGAAUGCGUUCAUGGAAAACCCUUAUCCUGGGAUUGAUUCCAGAGAGCAACUUGCUGAAGAUAUUGGGGUUCCAGAGUCUAGAGUCCAGAUUUGGUUUCAAAACCGAAGAUCUAGACUCCAUAUCCAGAAAAAAAGAGAACCUGAAGAAGCUUCAGCCCAAAGACAAAACCAGGGACAAGAUCUCUGAGAUGGGAGCAUUCAAGGUGGCACGUUCAUCAGCCUCAAGAGCUGUCGGCUGGCGACAUCCGUUGUUAUGGAAACCGCAGCCAGCCAGGGACUAGGAGGGGGCUGCGACGGGAGCAGCGGCUCGGCCCCUGUGGCCUCUCAGGCUGGUUCCGACCAGCGCGUGGAGGCGGCAGAGGCCGGUGUCUCUGCCUUGAUCACCUGCAGCUGCUGCCAGGCCGUUGAUAAGGGGCCUGCUGUUUAUAACCAUGAGCUACGAGAAAUUGGUCACAGAUGGAAGCAGCAUCCAGAUACCCCCGUCGUGUGA